AUGCAUGUACAACACCACAACACACGGCAGUCCAAGAAAGACCAGCGACAAACCGUUGCUCGUCAAUCUAAAUUUCAUUUUCCAGGAUUUACAUCGUCCAGUGAAGAUGACGAACCUCCAGCAGCCGUCGUGACGGCCAAGAAGCGAAAGCGACGAGUCAGCAGCAGCGCCUCGAACAACAAGAAGAGGAAGAAAAUUGGCACCAUCUCCAAGCGAUCUACUGUUUCAAAGAAAGGCAACUCGCGUAACCAUCUCGAAAAAGUCCAAAAGAAACUAUCCUGCAUUCCAAAACCCUCCAAUGCUUCUCCUGCUGCUUCUGUUUUGACAAAGAAGCAGAAACAUGAUGCCAAGUUGGAAAAGGUUGUUGACAAUUCGGUAGAAUUGAUUGAAGAUCCUCCCACGAUUCGCCGCACGACCAGUCCAGAAGUCAAUGCAAAACUCUUCGACAGAGAUCCUCCCGCAACCACACUCACUCCAAAUGAACUUUUUCUAGAGGAGGAGGAGGAGGAGCUAACAUCUUCUUUCUUGUUGGACGAUGAUCAUGAUAACGGUGACGACAACAUUGACGAUCUGCCAUUGUCACCCAAAUGGGCCAAAGUCCGUCCCAUUUCAAACACGAAGUACACUUCCUUUUCCUUUAUUCUUCUCUUGGCCUUUGCGGUUCCAUACUUUCAUCACAUGGGGGGUCGUGAUGAUUCAUGGAGCUCUGGUUCACAACAACACGUCGUCCGCAAACUCCAAGGUGUCAAGAAUCAAGAUUGGAAGAAAUUAGCAAAUCCCGAGCACAAUGUCUUUUCCGAGCAGACCAAUGCCAGCAGCAAAGACCAACAGCACUGCUUCAGCACUGAUUCUUUGCUUUCGAGCUAUUUUUCAUUCUACUAG